UACAAGUGCGCUAGCUCGUCGUCCACCCUCACUUUAUUAAAUGCGGGCCUAGAGCCAGACGCCAGAGACUCUGGGGGUUGGGUUUGCUCUCGGUUAACAGUCCCGGUCGCCUCUCUUCUCCCUCUUUAUUGUCUUUGUCUGUCGUUGGUCUAUUCUUGAGUCCUUCUUCACCUUUUGCCCUGUCCUGGCUCCAGCCAGUCCCGUCCCGUGCUGGUGUUACCCGUCCUCUCCGUCUGGCCUCCUCAUCUGGCCGUCUCCCAUUUGGCUCCGACUGGAGGUCUGGAAUGACUCGGGAUCUUCUCCAUCCCACUUCACCUCUUACCGACUAUCUCCUCCUGCUCCUCGCUUCCUCUUGUCUGGCUUUUCUUUUUCUUGUUCGGUUUCCCCAACCCUUGUGUGUUUGUCCUACCCACACCUUCGUUUGACCGAGCAACCACUGUAUGGGAGGACGAAAACGACCACAACACUGCCGCUUUCUCACUUUACGCUGCCUCUGAUGCAGUUUCUCAGCUAAUUCGCGACUUCAGCAAUAUUCGCCAAAGAAUCUAAUGGAUAAAAGACGGCAACGAGCAAACACGCCCAGCAGAAUUAUCAGGCACUCACUAGAAAGAUAGGACCAACAACAGCAAAAAACAAAAGGAAGAAAAAAAAUGCCACAAGAUCAGAGAGCCUCUCCCGGCCCCAACGGAGCCCCAAGUCCUAGACCUUUGGCUGGGAGUGUGAACGGUCCUGCGGCAGUAGGUCAGCAAGCAGGAAGUCAAAGCCCGUCAGGAGACGCUCCGAUAAUAAUGAACAAUCCCGCCAUUGCUCAGCUCGAGGUAGACGACGAAAACGAAGACACGGUAUCCAUAUACACCAUGGAUGCCUACCCCAAUAUGACGGCUGCGUAUCAAGUCGAUCGUCCUCAUCACCCUGGCUCUGGCUCUGCGCAUGAUGAUGCCACAAUUGACUCGGCGCGAACAUUAUACGCCGAAGAUGUCGACUACACCACCGAGCACGAUCGGACCUACUGUGGCGACUACUUCAUGCCAGUUGACCAGACCGAGCAAACGCGCCAAUAUGUAGCUCACCAAGUGUACCUCAAGCUGUUCAACCUCGAGCUGACCACGGUACCGUUGCACAACCCUAGCUACAUUCUCGACAUCGGCACGGGCAUCGGUGAAUGGGCGAUAGGAAUGGCGGAAAAGUAUCCGCGGUGCGAGGUGUUUGGAACCGAUAUUGCGCCUAUCCAGCCAACCCAUCAGGUCCCCUUCAACGUCGAGUUUCACAUCGAGAACGCCGAGGACGAGUGGAUUCGCCCAGCUGACGCAGUCGAUUUGGUGCAUUUCCGGAACAUGGAAGGCGCCUUUUCCGACUGGCGCUACAUCUACCAGCAGGCGUACAACUGCCUCAAACCCGGCGGCUGGAUCGAAGUUAUCGACUACGACGACCACUUCACCUCCGAGAACUUUUUAUCUUACUUUGCGCCAGACUCGCCCGCACACCUGUUGGCCAAAGGGAUUUUGGAAGCCGCGCGAGUGGCGGGGCGGCCGCGCGGGAUUGACCACAUGAGCAAGGAACUCCUCGAGGAACUCGGGUACGUAGACGUCAAGGAAACCGUGUACGACAUGGGAGUCGGUUCCCGCGAAAACAGCAGCUACGGGAGCUUUUAUCUGUUCACGGUCGUUACGGGCCUGGAGGCAUGCUGCUUGCGCUCUCUGACCAAGUUUCUGGGUUGGGAUCCCAAGGUGGUGCGGGACAUGUGUAAGCAGACUGCCCUGGAGACGAGGGCGAUUGCCGAGGACACCUCGAGGACGGGCAAAUUUGUGGUCAAGCUCCGGGUCAUGGUUGCCAGGAAACCAACGGCGCAGGAGCAGUGGCUGGCCAGGGGCACAGGGGCAGUACCAACGGAGUCUGACUGCGGGACGCUUCGGGAUGGAGACCAGAGCACGAUUCGGUCGGUGAAGACGGUGAAGACGGCUAUAUCAGACGCGACGGGGCAAGAAGCGCGGCCCGUUUCUCAACGCUCGAAAAUCACCGAAGGAUGAGAUCUAAAGAAACGGGUGAGGGUUUUUCUCUGCUUGAACCGGGGAAAACUCCAUGCGAAACUCGGAAAGAGGAGAGCAAAUGGACGAAGCAGUGUCUUUAAAGGAUGACAGCAUGUCGAGCAGAGUAACAGGAUGCUUCGUUGUUGCAUCCUCUUGGUUAUGUAGGUAGAUACCCGGGCGUGCGAACCUGUAUAUGACAGACAGGGAAAUAACUCUUGCAAAUAUUCAUUUUGCCUAUGGCUGACAUAAUUCCAUCAAUUAGAGAGGAAAAGAGGAAUAUGAUCAAGUGCAACCUACCGACAUGUCGCAUUAGUUCGGUUCAUCAAGCUAUUGGAUAUGUGCAAAAUAAUGCCGAAUAUAUAUAUAUACACAUAGUUUUUCAGGUUCAUGAUGAAGCAACUAGAACGAGAAUACCGGACGCUAAGUAAUUCGGGGGAAGGCAGAGCAGCGAGG